GCAAGAGUGUUUACUUUAUGAACAUCCAGGAGUGAUUUGUUUUAGAGUUGGAGAUUAAGUGGUUUAGGAAAACAAUUUCUGUGUACAAACACACUGCAACACAUCCGCCAUUUCACCUUUAUUCAUAUUUUUCACAGUACUACAAAAUAAAGGUCCUUGUUGGUUCGAAAAUAAUAUUGAUACUCAAAACGGCUCCUCAAAAUAUAUUGGGUUUAUUGGUCUUUUAGCCAACUAAUUAUAAAAUCCUAGAUUAUUCAGAGUCAAUUUUAACUGAUUAUUUUCACAACCCGUUCUCACUCCCAACUCCUCAAAUACUGGCUCGACCUGUCAAACUAUGACACUCCACGUACCCCUCUCUAGUGUCAGUUCUGCACAUGCAGAGCUGCCUCUUGUGGCCGCAGUAAUUGUGACGGGAGUGGAGCCAACGAAGAAGUGAGGUGACCUAGCAAGUCCAGAUAGAGCGGAAGGCGGGGUGGAUGGAUGAGUCAAACUAACACAGGACUUUAACCCAGGAGACUGCUGUUCAUGACCCACGUGUUAAUAAACGUGUUGACUUCUUUUAACUUGCAUGAAAUAAUUUACUUAAGUUACGUAACUUAAGCAACAGACAUACUUAUUCAAACUCAAUCCCUGAGCUUUUCUUAAACUUAUCCAAAUAGUUUUGUUUGAAAACACACCCAUAACCGCAUGCCGAAGCCUAUUGGACUACUCUACACAGUUUAUACUCUCUCGGUUGUGUGCAAUGAUGCUUCCUCUAUCUGUGAAUUUAGAAUAAACUGCAUUAUUUCGAAUGAAAGAAACAAGCUAAUUCAUAUGAUUGUCUCCCUGAUGUUGGAGAUGUUUGCUUGUUUUCUUCAGGGAUUUAUUGUGUGAAAACAGCCUGUAAACAAAAUGUUUUUUGUCAGACUGAAUUCUGGAAUAUCGGAACGUACUGUAUUUAGAUUCACGGCGAGAAAACUGUUCCUGCUUGUAGACGCAACAAUCUCAAGGAUGUUUCAAGUCUUUGAAAGUUGAUUUCGAACUUGUAGAUUCUUGGAGAAUCCGUCUGCAGUAAUGUAGAGUUGAUAAGCUAACACAACUUUUAUGGUUCUUGAAGUAAUGGAGAUAUUAUUUUAAGUGCUUUAGCAUGAAAACACCGUCUCUUCACUAUAACCUGUCAGUUGUCAUAGUUGUUGUUUUUAUUCCCAACACUGACACUUAGAUGAAGCCGUCGGUCAUUUACUGCUGUGAAUAUUAGCAAAGCCAGGCAAAUUACUGGAGAACGAAAUAAUCUAACAAUCUUUUUUUUUUUUUUGUCCUGCGAAAUUAUAACUGUUGUUGUUAGAAACUGCAAAAGGGACAUGGCUCAUAAUGAUUAGAUGUUAACUGUGAAUGAAGUUAAAUACCGCAAAAUCAUUAGUCUGAGAUGUUUACAGCGGACAGGAAAGGGGCGAUUGAGUUGGCUGAGGCUCAGACAUCAGACUUCACAACCCGCGCACUUAUUUGAAAAAGGGCAGAGAUACAAAUAGAUCUCGAUGCUUUCUACAAAACCAAAUCUUACUAUACCUUCAUAAAAGAUUAUACCCAUUGUUGUCUGGUCUUGUGGUAAGAAUUAACCAAAGAUGGGGGAUACUUAUCAAAAAUGUUUGCUUUCCUAAACAUCUCGUCAUCAUAUUUCUUUACUCUCAAAGAUUAGAAUCUGUAUCAACAUCAUAAUAUCCAGUGUUGCUUUGGCUCAAUUGUUUUUUCAUUUUGUUUCUAACGAGCAGCAGCGUCUUAAAACUGUCAGAGAUGUAAUGAUUGGAUGUGAGCAGUACUCGUGAUGAUGAACAUUAACAAUAUUCAGGGGAAUGUUGUGGCUAAAUGAACCGAUGUAACGUGAACAUUUUAGAAGUCUAUAAUAACAAAUGUUGUGUAAGUUUUAUUUUGAAUCUUUUAUUCGAUGGUUUGUUCCAUUUGGAGCCCACGUGUCCUAACUGAACUGUUCCAGAUCUAAACUCACUACUAUAAAUUACAAGUACUCGUGUACUCUGAAGGAUUCACUGACUGUACACAAGUUCUUUGUUUUGUUUUUUGUCCUUUUUCCAAACUGGUCACCUUUUGAGCCUUUUCUUUGUUUUAUAUUUAUUUGUGUUUACUGAAGUUCUUGAUUUGAAUUUAUUUGUUUGAGAUAGAUUUUUCUAAUGGUAAGUAUGGGAAGGAUGUGUAGUGGACAAACAGUUUGAUUUAGACAUUUUAUUGCAUUUCAAAAGUCCUUUUGGGCAAAUUCAGACUUGAUUGUAAGUCACAAUUACGGUUUCCUGACAAAAUAAACAUCAGAGUUACUAUUUUGGAGGUGGGGUGCUUUUUUUUUUUUUCUCACUUCCUGUUAUGAAAUGCUAAAAAUGUUGGAACGGUAUUCUUUUCAAACUAGGAACGAUGCAGUUAUUCGUUAUGAAUGUUAACUAAUCCACCAUGAGGGGCCUUCAAUAGAUUUUACUUUACAAGAUUGUAUUGUAGCGUCUGAGUUUGUUUUUUACCAUGGCACAUUUUAAUAUAGAUUAGCAUACUAAUGGCAUUACAUGAGUUGGUAUUUGUAGUUAAAAAAUUGUUUCUGGUGUUGGUGAGUAGAAGAAGGAACAUACACACCUAUUCCUGAGGUAGAUGCAGGUUUUGUCUUCAAAACAUCAUAAGGAACAUUUAUUUCUACAGUAUUUUAUAAGAAAACUUAACUCUGAAUCAUAUGGGACCUUUUUAAAGGGGACUUUCAGCUUCAUUUUCAGCUCCAUACUUCUAUAUAUUCUGUUUCAACUACAACAUGUUUAUUAAUGUUUAAUAUUCAAAACAAAAUGUAUAGUCUGAAACGCUCCGUUUUAGUGUCUGUCUCUUUAAGCCCAAUGUGCUCUGAUUCGCCUGCAAAAACAAUAUUGUACACCUUUGCAAAGGUAGUUCUGAAACCGUGGAUGGAAGUAACCUACUUGUGUAGAUGGGGGGGUGUGGUAUUAUUGAUUAUAUUAUUGGUAUUAUAGUUUUAAAACGCUAUAAAUCAUCACUGAGGCAAAUAUCUCCAGCUAAACCAAAAAGCUCUUGUUUUCCACGUGCAUGUUCAGAUUUCUAUUUUUUUAUUUUCAGAAAAAAUUUAAAAAAAUUCUCCACGCCCCCAAAACCCGGCUACACCUGACACCUGUCCACACCCAAAAUAACGAGUAAACUCCUCCUGUUGGCUCUGAGCAUCUAAUAAUUCUACAUCGAGCAGCUAGGCACCGCGCUCAGAGCUGCCCACGAGGUUUCACCUCAAACUGGCAGCUGCGACCGGCACUUUGAAUGUUGGCGUAUUGAUACAGUGAAAGGGAAGGUGCGAGGUGUUUCCGCUCCUAAUCCACUUAGCAGCAUUAUGCUGAGCUUCGUUCCAGACCUGACAUGCUAUGCGCACUUGUAGCUCCCCAAAACCCGGAGUCAGCAGCUCUGCGUCCGUUACGCACAGCUGGAGGGACUGUCCGCAAGUCCGAGGGGGGCGAGGGGCCGAGCAGCCGGCGCUACAGUCUUUCCACAUGUUGAAGCUGCCCGCUGUAAAAGAUGAGACACACUCUGCGUACGUGUGUGCGUCUCCUCCCUGUCGGCGGCGUCUUCUCGCCACAUAACGGAGCUGGAGCCAUCAAGGAAUAGCAAUGCAUCUGACAUAACUUCCUGUUUGGAGUCGAGACAACGAGGGCAAUGAAGGUGCACUCGCCUCCGAGGAGGAGACUCAAGCGCAGUCGCGUCCUCUUCUUCAUCUCAGGUGUGCUGCUGUGUUUCGUCUACACGCUGACUCUGAAGGCCCGGCUGUCAGGCCCGCGAGCCUCCGCCCAGACGGAUGACGCUCUCGGUGAUGAUGUUGUGGAGGUCAGCAUUCGGGAGGUGAUUGCAUCCAAUGAGACGGAUGUGGGGGUUGUCUCACCUGAGAGCACCAAACAUCCUUUGGUGAUACUCGUCAACAGGACAGAUGUAGAACAUUGUCUCUACGUAGAUCCUCAACCUCCUCCAACUCCACCGCCACCAACCACUACAGACACCCCUCACAAGAAGGGCGAUUACCCCGUGGACAUCUUCUCAGUGGAGGAGCGACAGCAGGGCUGGGUGGCCCUGCACAUCCUAGGGAUGAUCUACAUGUUUGUCGCCCUGGCCAUCGUCUGUGACGAGUUCUUUGUUCCCGGGUUGGAGGUCAUCACCAUCAGGCUGGAUAUCUCUGACGACGUGGCCGGGGCCACCUUCAUGGCGGCCGGAGGCUCUGCCCCGGAGCUCUUCACCUCCCUGAUCGGUGUCUUCAUCUCCCACAGCAACGUGGGCAUCGGCACCAUCGUGGGCUCGGCCGUCUUCAACAUCCUGUUUGUGAUCGGCAUGUGCGCCAUCUUCUCCCGGGAGAUGCUUCAUCUGACCUGGUGGCCGCUCUUCAGAGACGUUACCUUCUACAUCCUUGACCUCAUCAUGCUCAUCGUCUUCUUCCUGGACAACACGAUCCUGUGGUGGGAGAGCUUGACGCUGUUGAUGGGCUACAUCAGCUACGUGAGCUUCAUGAAGUUCAACAGGCAGAUCGAGAAUGUGGUCAAGACCCUGAUCAACAGGCACAUGAGUAUCGUCAAGGUGUGGACCGCAGAGGAGCUGGAGAAGGAGAGUGAAUCUCCACCAGAACCACAUCCUCCUGCUGCUGCUCCCUCUGCUGCUGCUGCACCUCCUCCUGCUGUUCAUAAAUCCAAAAAUGAACUUGAACCACCUCCGAGCUCCCCUCAAUGCAACACACCGCCACAGGAUGAUGACAAAGAAAAACUCAAGACGCGUCCCACCCUGCAGCGAGGCGGCAGCUUUGCCUCCCUCCACAACACCUCACUGAGGAGCAGCAUCUUCCAGCUGAUGAUCCACACGCUGGACCCUCUGGGAGAAGAGGCCGCCCUUAGAGGCAACGUGAAAAUCCCCGGCCAGAGGAAAGCCAGAAGAGAGACGUCCUUUAAUGGGGAUGUCAGCGGGGAGGGGUCAGUACAGAGGAAAGUCCAGAACAAAGUUAAGGCUCUGAACGUCCCGGUCUCAGGCAAAUUACAGAGCAAGUCACAUCACCGCCCCUCUGAAGAUGAUGAGCCACAGCCGACUGAGCCAGCCGGUGGUGCUGCCGGUGCACCGGGGAGCGCUGCAGCCGAGCCGUCCACCUCACAGCCUCAAAAGACAGAAGAGAAGAGCGUGAAGGCGGCCGACCAGCCAAAGGCGGCAGCGGGUGGAUCAGCGGGCUCGGAGGGCAGCGGUGGGGAUGAGAGCGGCGGCGAGUCCGGUGAGAGUGGGGGUGAUGACGAUGGUGGAAACGAGGAGGAAGACGAGAGUGAACCGUUGUCUUUAGAGUGGCCUGAAACCAGACGCAAGCAGGCCACCUACCUGUUCCUGCUGCCCAUCGUGUUCCCGCUGUGGCUCACGCUGCCUGACGUCCGCAGACCGGAGUCCAGACAGUAUUUUGCCCUGUCGUUUAUCGGCUCCAUCACGUGGAUCGGAAUUUUCUCCUACAUGAUGGUGUGGUGGGCUCAUCAGGUGGGGGAGACUAUAGGUAUCUCGGAGGAAAUCAUGGGCCUGACUAUCCUGGCGGCCGGGACGUCGAUCCCUGACCUGAUCACCAGUGUGAUCGUGGCCCGGAAAGGUCUGGGGGACAUGGCCGUGUCCAGCUCGGUGGGCAGUAAUAUCUUCGACAUCACUGUAGGUCUGCCCGUCCCGUGGCUCAUAUACACCCUGUUACACAAUGGCGAGCCUGUAACCGUCAGUUCCAACGGCCUGUUCUGCGCCAUCGUGCUGCUCUUCCUCAUGCUCCUCUUCGUCAUCAUCUCCAUCGCCAUCUGUCGCUGGAAGAUGAGCCGAAGGUUGGGCCUCACCAUGUUCGCACUGUACUUUGUGUUCCUCGUGCUCAGCGUCAUGCUGGAGGAUCGCAUCCUCGUCUGCCCCGUUUCAAUCUGAGCUGACAGGCAGAGAGAAUGAUCGCCUCGCAUGACUUGGGUACGUCCAGACAGGAUCAAUACCGUUACGGUGGAUGUGUUAGAUCGGAGAACCAAACCUGAUGUCAAAAGGCUGACCUGGCGCACAGUAGACACAUGGUAGUAAAACAACCUAACUAGCAGUGCUGUCAAAGGAACAGUCCACCUCUUACAUUAUUAAUCUGUAAUCUUUAACAUUUUCUAGACGCUACUCUGCCCAAAAUUAGUGUUGUGUUCAUUUGCUUUUUUCCUGCUAAAAAUCCCGCAAUGCAAUGUCCAGCUUUUUAUAGAUCAUUGUGCAACCUGUCAGUGAUGACACAGUGAAAUACUGCUCUUAUAUAAUAUACUAUAUGUUAAUAUAGUAAAAUACUGAGUGUAGCAACACACUCCAGCAUUGGGACACGCAUCUAAACACACGCACCUUUCUCUGUAAGCCCACAAAUCAACUAGGAUAUACUACUGGUAUAUUCUACAGCACUGACAAACGCUCCAGAAAAGAGUUUUCUGCUGACCUUUAGUGGUUUAACUUAACUUCUACAACUCCUUUCCGUCGUACGUUUUAGACGUCGGAGUCUCACUUAAUUGAAACUUGUACCUACAGAGGAUUUUCCUAAACUUGUGGGUGUAGAAAUGUACAAAGCCCGGGAGGUGAAUUUUUAUAAAGUGCACGUAGGCUUUUAUUAAGUCACACACGCACGCGCUUUACUAGUUCUGGUAAACGGACCAAUUCAGUGGAUUUUAAUGUGUUUAUUUGUGUUGUUACGGUACCGGGGCUUGGAGCAACCAAAAAGAACAAAAGACUUGCAAGCACUCAUAUCUCAAAAAACAAAAACUUUUGUUGAGAACCGCAAUGGAUUUCUGCUCAAAAAGUUCCUGAUUAUGACCAUAAGUGGUUUAACUGUGCAUUAAUACACAGGGAAAGUCGGCUGACUUGACCGCAGUUAACUGAGCACUCACAUGCAGUUGAGAAGGGGGACAGCAUCGCCGUCACCUCCUGGGGUCCCUUGAAAUGACACCUUUUGUGCAAUUCAUUUCUUCUUUUAAGGCUAUUCAACUUCGGUGCAAAAUGCACACAAUAAAACUGUACUAGAAAUGUAACAAGCACAGAACAUCACCACUUACCAUUUUAGGAAUUUUCCUUUUAAUAUUUUGACCAUAAUGCUUAGGGUUCAUCCCUGAGGGGACUUUAAUGAAUAAAUUAAUUAAAUGCAUUACAGCAGUAAGGGUUUCAGAUUUAUUGUGCAGCACUUCAAAACUACUGGAUGCAACUUCAGUUUCGUAUGUUCAGUAUUAUCUCUAAAACUCUGUUCUGUAUUCAACCAAACUAUAGUGUUUGUUCAGUGUAGAACAAUUUUUGUGUGAACAAAUAUUUCAUUUUGUCAACAUAACUGUGGUGGAGAAAACCAGUGAUUGUGUGUCUGUGUGUCAGACUGUCUUAGCUGUGAGAAAAUAAAACCUGAGGAGUCA